GGCGGGCUCGGCGCCGGGGAGCAGAUUGGUCACCUACUGCAGCCCAAACACUGCUUUCCUGUGGGCUGCUGGGCUGCACCUACUAGCAAAGGCCCCAGCUCUCUCCCUGCACCAACGCGGUUUGCCCUGGAACUUGGACGCAUUGGAGGGCUUUGCUUGCUGAGGAGCUGCCGCCUGCAGGAGCCAUGGUCACUUUCUUCACGCAGGAAGUCCAGCAACUGCUGCACAACAAGUUUGUGGUGAUCGUGGGGGAUUCCGUCCAGCGAUCGGUUUACAAGGACCUGGUGCUGCAUUUGCAGAAGGACGCUCUCCUCAGCCAGUCCCAGCUGAAAGCCAAGGGGGAGCUGAGCUUCGAGAACGACUGCCUGGUGGAGGGCGGCAUGCGGGGCGAGAUGACCAACGGCACCAACUACAAGGAGGUGCGGCAGUACCGCACGGCCCACCACCUGGUGCGCUUCUACUUCGUCACUCGCAUCUACUCCGACUACAUGGAGAGCAUCCUGGCUGACUUCCAGGCUGGGCCCCAGCCCGACGUCGUCAUCAUCAACUCCUGCUUAUGGGACGUGAGCAGGUACGGCGCCAAGUCCAUGAAGCAGUACCGGGUGAAUCUGGAGAAGGCCUUCAACCGGCUGGACAAGGUGCUGCCCCAUGCCUGCCUCCUGGUGUGGAACAUGACGAUGCCCGUGGGCCACAAAAUCAUCGGGGGCUUCCUCAUCCCGGAGCUGCAGCACCAAGGCAAGAAGCUGCCUCACAAAGUGAUCGAGGGCAACUUCUACGGGGCCGUCCUGGCCAGCAGCCACCACUUCGACGUGCUGGACCUGCACUACUACUUCCGCUUCGACGCGCACCACCGCAGUGGGGACGGCGUCCACUGGAACCGGGCCGUCCACCGCCGGGUCACCCACCUGCUGCUGGCCCAUGUGGCCGACGCCUGGGGCGUCGAGAUCCCGGAGAAGAGACCCCAGGACGGUUGCUUUCAGGCAAACGCUCUGGAGUGGGGCUCGCAGCCCACCCCCUGCCCGGCACCCCAGGCUGCUCCACCCUGCCCCUGGGGGCCCGAGUGGGACAACAGCCGCCUGUCCUGGGCGCCCCAGCCCAGCGCCUGCCUGCCGCCCCCUCCACCCUGGCCCCGCUUCGACUUCUGCUGCCCCUCCAAGGAUCCUGUUUUCCAGGAAGACUCCCCCUUCCUCCCCAGCCACGCGGGGCCUGGCACGCCCCUCUCCGGAUACAUCAGCUUUGACAACUGCCCCGGCUACAGUGCGGAGGGUCCUGGCAGCGGCUUUCAAGCUUUCUGGGACGCGCCUCAUGCUCUGCCGGCCCCGGGGCCCUUCCCCAGCUUCUCGGGAAACCCAGCGCCCAGCUUCCCGCCGCACCCCCACAGCCCGACCAGGAGAGGCCGCGAUGGGUGCUCCCACGGCUUCAUCAUGAGGCGGCAGCCAGUGAGGUGGAGGUCUGGGCCCCCCUACAACAGGCCCCACUACAGCUGCUACUGAGGGGCCCUGCCCUGCCCCCUGGCAGAGCUGGGUGUGUCCCCCCGCGGGCGGGCGGGCGAGCUCCCUGCAAAGGGCUUGGCUCCGGCUCUGAAGAGACUCGGGUGGGGUGGCCGGGGCUGUCUCCAUGUGCUUGGCCGGGGCUGUCUCCAUGUGCGUGGCCGGCAGGAGGCGGCUGGCGCUCCGACGGCUGAGUUAUUACGCGUGGUAUUUGGGGUGGGGUCAGAGGGCUGCGGGGGCCUGGAUCUGCCGGCGCCGUGUGGCUCAGAACAGAGGCCCUGCUAGUGGGGACAGCACUGGGCACCGCCACGGGAAGCGCUCCGUAGGCCAGGCCCAUGGGGGCUGCGGCGGCUCUCGCCGAGGGCCCCAUCCUGCCAGGUGCUGGAGCCGGUGGGGAUUGGCAGCCGUGUGGGGGAGGCGCUGAGCGCCAGCCGUCUGCCGAGGGGGUCCGGCUGUGCAGCCUGAGUCUCUCCCCAGCUCCGAGUGCAAUUUCCCCAUCCCCGUCUGCUGCUGUUACACACCUGCCCAGACAGGGCGGGCAGGGAGGGGUUGGCCCCUGACUGCCAUGGCUGCGAGCUGGCCGGCGGCCUCGCCCGCUCUCCAUGGGGCUCUUAGGCCUAGUUCAUGUUUCUUAAUCGUUGAUGUUUUCAGCACCCUCGCUGGGGUGUUAUUUCACGAGGUGGGUCUGCACUACAGCCCCCCCGUGCCCCUCGCCGGGGGUGGGGGGGCCACGCUGCUCUGAGGUUGCUUUACACUGGCAGGCUGUGGGGCAGAGCCCUUGGUGGCUCGCUGCAGUAAAACCUUCUAGCCCCAGGCCUGUGCUCAGCUGCCCUGAGCUGAUCAGGUUGCACCGGAAUAACUGUGAGUUGAGUCCCUUCCCAGUCAUCUGCCCGCAGGCCUGGGGGGGGUGGGAGGGGCCCUGCUGCGGGCACAGUGGUUAUUGAACAGGAAAAGCUGUUCACGGCAAGUGUUCUUGUGUUUUGUUGACAUGUUAAUAAAGCUUUGACUGAG